GCACUUCCUACAUCAAAGAGGCGUGGGGAGUGUACUGAGCAGGCGCCUGGCUGAGCUCUCGAAACGGAAGUAAAGUAAAACACCGUCUGGGGGGGUCUAUAAAGAACAUCAAAAAGAAAAGCUCAGAAACAUGUCAGGGUUUUUGGAUGGCAUCCGGUGUGGAGACUGUGAGUGCAAUGUGGACUGGGGCGAGAGGCGAAACACCAUUGCAUCUGUAGCUGCUGGAGUCCUGUUCUUCACUGGUUGGUGGAUCAUCAUUGAUGCAGCUGUGAAAUAUCCAGACGAGGCGAUUUUCCAUCAUGCCUAUCACACCUGUGGAGUCAUCGCUACUUUGGCCUUUCUCAUGAUCAACGCUGUCUCUAAUGGCCAAGUGAGAGGAGACAGCUACAGUGAAGGUUGCAUUGGACAGACAGGAGCUCGUGUCUGGCUUUUCAUUGGCUUCAUGCUGGCAUUUGGCUCUCUCAUCGCUUCCAUGUGGAUCCUGUUUGGAGGCUUUGUGGUGCCCAAGAAAGCUAUUGUGUAUCCUGGUAUUGCAGUUUUCUUCCAAAAUGCAUUCAUUUUUUUUGGGGGCUUGGUGUUUAAAUUUGGACGCACUGAAGACUUGUGGCAGUAAGGCAAACAUGGUUUCUCUCAUUGUUUCUGUCCACUGUUAUAUACAACUGUAGGCUUUGGACUGUCAAAACACUACCUUUCUUUUACUUGUUACUAAAUAUUCACUUUUUUGCAAAAAAAAUUUGCUUUUUGAUUAACAUGUUUAAUUUAUCAGUAGUUUAAUCUGCUGUACAUAUACACAAUUUCCAAUAUUAAAAAGCACAAUUAGCAAUUUAUCAUCUCUAGUACAAUGUUAUUUUCUUUUCAUUUUGUUUGGAGCCAUUUUGUUACAAUAAUUUACCAUCUUAAAUUUUACAUCAUGGAAAGACACAGUAGGUGCUGAUUCUUUUACAAUACCAAUUUGUGUACUCAAAUGAUAUAUAAAAAAUAUUUUUCAUCAGGUUGAAAAUAGCCUCCACCCCCACCCCACAAUUUGUGACAGGUUUUUGUGUGAAUAUUGUCAAUUAUUAAAACAUGCACUAUCCCACUAGAGGUGUGUUUCCACCAAACUGUUAAAAACAAAAAGCAGUGUGUGAUGGUGUAGUGCGCGUGGUACUUUUUUGUGCAAUUCUUAUUUAAUGAAUUUCUAGUGGUGAAUGUGAUUCCAGAGCAUUUUCAAAACUGCUAAUGCCACCUGCUCUCUAACCCUAAAUGAUGGGAUUAUUAAGGAUAAAAUAAAUAUUUACAAAUGGCAACCACCAAAACCAUCCAUAGUCUUGUCAUCAGAAAAAGACCCUAGAUGGCCUAAUCAUCGGAAAGGACCAUCAUGCUCAUCUCUAUGCACUUUCACCACCCUGUGAAGUUCAUGACUUAUUUAAUCUGUAGCCUAAUAAACUGCAUGCUUCCCCAAGUCCCAUUGGGAGGACAACAGAACAAAAUCAUCACAUGACCCAGGGUUAAAACAAAUACAGUGCCCUCAAGAAUUUAUGCACCCCUUGGUAGAGAUGGGCAGAAAAAAGACAAUGAAGAAAUGUAGCCAAAUCUACAAUCAUACAUUACCUCAAUGCCAACAAAGUACUUGGACUUCUGAAGACUCAAGACAAGACAUCUGGACCUCAGAACCCAUUCCAUUGAUGUUUAGCAAACUUCAAGUGCUGAUGUUUGUCUUGGUUUUCUUAUGGCAAGACAUCCAAAUGGCUUGUAAGCAUGGAAGUUAUGUCUAAUUGUAGUUUUUGUGGCGACUUUGGUGCCUGGGAACUCAAUGAAGGUAGAUUUAAGAAUGCAUCCCAUCUGAUGCAUAAGGAGUCCUGUAUAAACAUUUUCUUUAUAGCUGUUUUUGCUCACCUUUAUGAAUCGUUCAAUAAUUCUUGAGGGCAAUGUGUAUAUAUAUAUAUAUAUUUUUGUUUAUUGUUAUUCUAUCAAAAUAUCUGUAUAAAGGCAUUUCCAUUGUCCUCUUUCUCAAUGGAUUUUACUGACAUCAAAGCAUCCCAACAUGUCAAACAAACCAAUAGUCUGUUGACAAUAAUAUGCACGUCCUGUUUCCAUCACACCUGUCGUGAUGUUUUACAACAUGACUUACCUCGCCUGAAAACUGUGGAUGUAAGCAUGGUCAUUGAUAUACAAACAUCAGAGGGAAAUAGCAGGACUAAAACUAUCUAUGGGAGAAAUAAUUUUGUAAUAAGUCUCUUACAAUUCAUUUUACUUUUGGGAAGAACUGAACCAUGAAUGUGGUCAAUUUGUCUUUUUCUUAAAGUAAGAGUUAUGUGGUGUCUGUGCUCUGACCCACAUCUCUGUUGUCUAUGUAUUUGACUGCAAUGCUUAUAUAUUUACAGUACUUGUGAAAUAACCACAUGUUUUUUUUUUUACCUGCACAUCCACGGCAGAAUUAAACAGAAUCAAGUACAACAU